AUGAAAGUUUCAUUUAUUGUUGGACUGGUCCUUUGCCAUGUCCUUAUCGCCUCUGCCUUGAGCACCAAGGAGAUCAGUGACCUCUUCAAUGAGAAGAGAUUCAACUUGACCAUUCCAAUGUCACAGUGUCAAGCUGCUGCUACACAAGCUAUGCACUAUGCUUCAUGUGGUUGCCCAUACGUUUGGGGAGGCACGCAGUGCGGUUGUGGUGGAUCUGGUGGCAUGGAUUGCUCCGGACUUGUCUACACCGCCUAUAAUGAGGCCGGUUACACCUCGAUCGGACGUACUACCUACGACCAAUGGCCCCAAGGAGUCCAGUGUGGUGGUGGCAGCGGUACCUCUGCCGUCUCCUCUACUACUCAGUCUGGUGAAUGCUCUGCUGCCUCCACUGGUGGCUCAUCUGCUAGCUCCUCAACCGGAGGUGCCUCCACUGGAGGUUCAUCGGGUGGUUCCUCUGGCACCUCCUCAUCUGGUGGCUCAUCCGGCGGUUCAUCCACUGGAGCCGAGUCCCUCACUGGCAACUGCAGCCCAUCCGACACCUCUGGCUGCACCGUUGGUGACUUGUUCUUCUACUGUUUCGAGACUCCAUGCCCAUCGCACGUCACCAUGUACGUUGGAGAUGGUCUGAUGGCUGAGUGCCCACACACUGGUGUCGACUGCCACAUCGUCCCACCAUACACCGAGUCCUACUACGGAUGUCGUUCAUUCUGUGGAGGUGGUGCUCCAUCCACUGGCUCUGCUACCUCUGGUGGUUCAUCCUCAAGCUCUGGAACCACUAGCAGUGGCUCCGGUUCUGGUACUACCAGCGGCGGUUCCUCCACUGGCUCAUCCGGUUCCUCAUCUGGCUCAUCAUCUGGUUCCUCCUCUGGUGCCAACUAA